GAUGAAACGGGUGCCUAUUUAAUAGACAGAGACCCGACCUACUUCGGGCCAGUGCUGAACUAUCUCAGACAUGGGAAACUGGUUAUUAACAAGGACCUAGCUGAGGAAGGUGUACUGGAAGAGGCUGAAUUCUACAAUAUCACAUCACUAAUAAAACUGGUAAAGGACAAAAUAAGAGAAAGAGACAGCAAAAUCUCACAGGUGCCAGUCAAACAUGUGUACAGGGUGCUGCAGUGCCAGGAAGAGGAACUCACUCAAAUGGUUUCCACAAUGUCCGAUGGCUGGAAAUUUGAACAGCUGGUCAGUAUUGGUUCUUCCUAUAACUAUGGCAAUGAAGAUCAAGCUGAAUUUCUGUGUGUUGUCUCAAAGGAAUUGCAUAACACUCCCUAUGGCACAACCAGUGAACCCAGUGAAAAAGCAAAGAUUUUGCAAGAACGAGGUUCCAGGAUGUGAAGACAGUAUUGAAUGGUGACAGUUUUUCUCUUUUAUUCCAAGAUGCAGUGAAUUGUCACACUGAAGAGGCUCAGCUGCAAAAGAAAAAAUCUGAUUUAGACAAUUUUCUGUUGAUCUGGAUUCAACCAUUUUUGCCUAUAAGCUGGUGUCAACUGGCUGAAAGCGUUGCAAGCUUACAUAAUGGGAGUAGAUGGUGUGGGAGUAUGUGUUUAAGUUUUGGUUGUAGCACAUGGUUGUACUUUCUUGUGGGCUGACUGACACUGGUCAUUUGAAAAGAAAUGACCAUGCACUCAUAUUUUCCUCUGAGACAUGUAGCACUUAAUGUCUGGUGCUGGAUGACCCAAUGUUGAUCAGUUUGGAGACAUUUUCCUAGUAAUCAUUGUAAACAUUUAAAGGACAAUGUAAUUGGUGCUACACACACACACACACACACAUUACAGCCCACAAAUGCAAAUACUUGGGCCUACAUUGUUUCAGAAUCAGUGGCAGCCCCAGUUGACUGUGUUAUACUGCACAUCCUUAUGGCUCGGUGACAUAUUCUAUUACGUACAACAGCCUAAGAGAUCAACUGAAACUAGCACGUAAAAAAGUUACACAACAGACGGGUUUCUCUAAAGGAAGG